ACCCCCUCCCUCUAAAGCCCUAAAUCCCCAUCUCACGCCGACCGACUCCCUCUCUUCUCAACCCUUUUCACCGAUCUCAUCCAUUCUCCUCCGCCGAGCGCUCUCCGUCGUCGCGAUGGGGGGAGUCGCUGUUGAUGCGGGCGUUGAGCAAGCGGCGGACGUGGGUCUUCCUCUUCCUCGUCGUCUACUCCCUCCUCCUCUCCUCCUCUUGGAACCUCCUCCUCUCCAUCCGCUCCUGGUACAACUCGGCGGCCGCCUCCGCCUCCUCCCGCGCCGCCGCCGGCUGGAAGGCCCUCUAUGCCUCCGUGCUCUACGGAGGGGUCUUCGGCCUGCUCUCCAUGGGGGCGGCGCUAGCCGUGGCGGUGCCGGCCACGUUGGUCACCUGGAUCACGAUCUUCGUGCUGCUCGCCUUCUUCCUCGCCUGGCUCGCCCUCUUCAAGCUCCUCCUCCUCGCCUUCGGCCUCGGCCCCCUCUGCCCCUCCCUCCCCCUCCUCCCCUUCCUGUUCACCUCCUCCUUCCCUGUCAAGAUCCAAACCAAACCCAAGCCCAAGCCUCCCAUCUCUUCAUCUUUAUCCACCCUUCACCGCCUCAUCACUGCCGUCAAGGUUCUCCUCUUGGCCACCAUCAUCUCCAGCUACCGCUACAGUGAUAGAAUGCAUCCGUACCUCCUCCUCGCCAUCUACUGCUGCCACAUCUACCUGAUCCUAGAUCUCGGUCUCGCCUCCAUUGCCAAGAUCGCCACCGGUCUCCUUGGCCUCGAGCUGGAGCCCCAGUUCAACAACCCCUUAGGCGCCUCCUCCCUUCAAGACUUCUGA